GCGCGCACAGCGACCUCUUGCGUGCGCCGAUACAGUGCCCCAUCGAGUUUACGUCCAGCGACCACGCUGCGGACUCUGCCGCUUCUCACACUGCCAUCGAAUUGUUAUCUUAAUAUCGUUCCUAGGCGACUAGCCUUUAGCGAACGACCGCCGCGAAUCAUUGCUAAAACGUAAAUUUACAACACGACACACCGAAAAUAACGCAUAUCUCACAAAACGGGCCAUUCGUGCUGUAAACGAGUCGAGCGCUUAAUCGAUCGACUGCAUUAAAAAGUAAAAAUUAUUAUUAUCGUUUUGCAGUCGACCUUUGCGGAUUUUGUUGCGCUGCGAUAGGUGUUUUUUAGUUAAGUUUUACACAAAUAGCUGAAGUGGUCUAAUAUUGCUUAGGCUUAUUGACUAGUCCAUAAUAUCGAGUGUGGUGCCGUCCUGUGCUUAGUCUCAGUGAACAGUGCGUCAAAAUUGUCGAGGUGUUUUUCUUCCUUCGUUUGGUUGCCAGCUUAGCGUUAUAUAUUCUUUCGGUUGGUUCUUGCUUUCUUUUGAUAUUCUUGUGGGGAAAAACGCGAUCCAUGCUUGGAGUUAUGACUACCAUGGUAUGGUUUCCUUUGUCUAAGUUAUUUAUCUACUUUUUCUCUUCUUAGUAAAAGAAGGUAGUUCACAUACAUUAUCACAUUAAAUUGAUGCUUUUAGACUUAACGAAUGUUACAACAUUUUAUGAAAGACCAUCGAACCAUCCUUCUUUCAUAAUUUCUUGUAGGGUUUGUUGGUUCUGACUGAGUAGUUUAUAUCUAGCCAUUAUCUAGUUAUUUUGUAUGUUAUUUAGUCGUUACACAGUAUUUCUAUAAUAAAGCCGUGCUUCUCGCUUUGGAAGCUUCAGUGUAACGUGAGUUACAAACGCUAUAUUGUACCUGUCUUUAUUCAUGGUAUGGCGGCGAUUCUAUUGUAAAACUAUGCAGAGCAUGCAGCCCCUCCCUCGUCUCUUGGUAUCUGGAAGGGUUCCCUGGGGCACAGUUCAGGCUUGACUUGCGCUACAUACUAUAUCCAUCUAAACUCGCAUUGUUGGUGUACUGCACAGCUUUGAUUCAUUUGUAGCCACAUCAGUUCGUCUUGCUACUGGACACUAUUACAUAACGAUAUAUACUGACAUUUUCUGAAACAGAAUUUUGGAUCAAAACAGUAACAAUGUCAGCUGCAGAGAAGUUGUUUCGCUUCUAUCUCCAUUAAUUUCAUAACACCGAACAGUUAUGAUUCAUAAUUAUAUCCCUUAAAUACAAUACAUACAAAUAUAUAACACAAGCAUGUAUUUACUAAAUAACCACGGCUUAUAAUAAACACCAGUAGGCAUCACGUCAUAUUAUGACAAAAUGUUCGAUUUAUCCGUCACGUACGUUUGCGCCGUCAAAACGUAACGUUAUUGAAAUAUUUGUGGACUUCAUAGAAGCUUAUACAUGCUUAUAAUUUAGUAAUAUUGUCAUUAAAGUGUGAUUAUACAACACAAUUGGCAAGUUGAUUACCUUAGUUAAGUUAUAGUUACAACGAAGUGACGAUGUUUAGUACUUAAUAAACAAAGUGCUUUCAUAAUUUAUGAAUUAUGUAUGUGUUAUCGCGGUUCCUCUGAGAACAUAGUUAAUAUUAUAUAUGGUUCAAGUCCGCAGCUCGUCUCUUGGGCCUCGUAAAACCAGUUUACGUAAUAUCGCACUCAAUUUUAAACAUCUCUUAACACUGCGUGACGGUCUUAGCUUUUGUCUAUGCGAAAUCUGAUUCAAGCCCUGCCAGUUAAAAUCAUUCAAACUGAGAGCUUCUUUUUAAUAAUUAGACAUUGACUAUUAUUUUAACGAUUAACUUUUGAAAAUAAAUUGUACAUGAAAUUACAAAGCCCGUUCUUGGAUUUCAGCUAGUGGCUAGGAUUUUAGUAGAGGAAAUAUUGAUUAAGCAUAUCUGCUACGAUUUUACUUCAUCAAAAAAGUAUUUAGGAAGACAAAGGAUGAUUUAGGAAAACAUUUCAAAAUCCGUCUCAUAAAUAUUAGCAAUACGUAUUCAUGAGCUUUGCUAAUGCCAGCCGCGCAGCUUUCCUAGUCCUACUCGUUACAGUGAAUCAUCAUGUCACACAGUCCACACAGAGCCUACUCUAAGUAGCAAACAAACAUACAGAACUAAAGUACCUAUUAUAAUACAAAAUUGGCUAAAGUACAAGUUUGUAUAACUGCGGAGAUCACAAUGCUAGCAGCCUGGUUUAACAAGACGUUUCAUUCGAUACUCGUAUUGUAUUGUCGUUCAAUGUCAGUUUCCUCGUGUCCGUCAUUAUUCUCGAGCUCCGACAACGGAGCGAAACGUCUUGCGCACAUUGAACAUGUGCAUAAAAAGAUGAAAAGAACCGCCUCCCCAUUGACACAGUGUCUUGAAUGAGGCCCGGCCUCGUUCUCCGCUUUCAGGCGCUCGUAGCUGUAUGCCUAUUAGACGUGCUCUAUACACUUGAACUACUGUCUUAGCCGACAUUUGUGGAAACUUAAGCUGGUGCUUCAAAGUACUUAUACGAUAUAGUUGCGUUUCCUUUGUCCAUUCUAUGUCCAUACCGCUGAUAUAACAAUAUACAAAACCAUACCAUCGUAAACUAUCGUCAUUACUACCAUGCAAAACUGAUUUAUCUUACUAAUACAUAAAUACGAUUACCGGAUUAGAAGAGAACGAGGGUUCAGAAGUGUACGUGGGGAUAAAUCGAUCAUCUAUGCAAAAUACGGCAAUCGCACUCCUCGAGUCGGCGACGGCGUUCGAGCGCGCCGUCCUGGAAUGUGAGCACCUGGAGGCGUCGGAGCACGGCGGGUUCCGGUGAGGACGUUGGCGCGGCAGCGGCAUGGAGGAGCGCGGGCCGCCGGACGUGCCGUUGAUCGUGUCGCCGCCGUGCGCCGGCGCCGGCGGCGCGGCGCUCACCACCUCGCGGCGCGCCGCCUCCGCGCGCGGCUCUCGCGACGACCCGCCGCCCUCCACAUGGCGCUCCUCGGUGCGUGUGCGUGACACCGGUUUCCGUGGCUCACGCAAGAGUGUCGUUCGCCUCGAACCGCCCUGUAAUGGCCUCAACGGGUUGCCCGCCAUCGGCAAGGAGGUACUGUCUCUGGGCGCGACGGGCGGCCACAAGGGAACCACGCAGCCUUCUCACCCCUGCACUAUUCUCCACCAUUCUCCUUACAAGGCCGCUUGGGAUUGGUUGAUCCUAAUAUUGGUGAUAUACACGGCGAUAUUUACUCCUUACGUGGCCGCCUUUCAACUAAAUGAGCCCGACUUCGACAAACGUUCCCGCAGCUUCGGCGAAGACCCCAUAGUUGUCAUCGACAUGAUCGUGGACGUAACCUUCAUAAUAGACAUCCUGAUAAACUUCCGCACCACGUAUGUUAACGUAGCCGACGAAGUGGAGUCGGACCCUGCUAAGAUCGCCAUGCACUACUUACGGGGCUGGUUCCUUAUCGACCUCGUCGCAGCCAUCCCGUUCGAUCUCCUGCUCUUCGGCACCGACACCGACGAACAGGGGCUGGAAAGUGAUGAGACCACGACCCUCAUCGGUCUGCUGAAGACGGCGCGACUGCUGAGGCUCGUGCGCGUCGCACGCAAAAUUGACCGAUACUCCGAAUACGGCACCGCUGUACUGCUUCUACUUAUGGCCACUUUUGUCCUUAUCGCUCAUUGGUUGGCCUGCUUAUGGUACGCUAUCGGCAGUUGGGAACGGCCUCAGCUUCACGCGCCCAUAGGAUGGCUGGACGCACUCGCUAACGAUGUCCAAGCUUCCUAUGACAACUCCACCGGUCCAUCUAUGAGGUCUAGAUAUAUAACCGCUUUAUAUUUCACGUGCACGUCGCUUACAAGCGUUGGUUUUGGAAAUGUUGCGCCGAACACUGAUAUGGAGAAAGGGUUCACGAUAUUUGUUAUGCUAGUUGGAUCUCUUAUGUAUGCCAGUAUCUUCGGUAAUGUAUCGGCCAUUAUCCAAAGAUUAUAUUCGGGAACGGCUCGUUAUCAUACACAGAUAUUGAGAGUGCGGGAAUUUAUUCGGUUUCACCAGAUAACGAACCCCUUAAGACAAAGACUGGAGGAAUAUUUCCAACACGCUUGGAGUUACACGAACGGAAUCGAUACGUCCAGCUUACUCAAAGGAUUCCCGGAGUGCCUCCAAGCAGACAUCUGUCUUCAUCUCAACAGAAACUUACUCGCUAAUUGCUCAGCUUUUGAUGGUGCUAGUCCAGGUUGCUUAAGAGCCCUAUCGCUGAGGUUCAAGACGACGCACGCGCCGCCCGGCGAGACGCUGGUGCAUCGCGGAGACGUUCUCACCUCCCUCUACUUCAUAUCCAGAGGCUCUAUAGAAAUACUGAAGGAUGAUAUUGUUAUGGCUAUAUUAGGUAAGGAUGACAUAUUCGGCGAGAACCCGUGCAUAUACGGCACGGUGGGGCGCAGCAACUGCCGCGUGCGCGCGCUCACCUACUGCGACCUGCACCGCGUGCACCGCGACGACCUGCUCGACGUGCUCGACUUCUACCCCGAGUUCCGCUCCUCCUUCGUCAAUAACCUCGAAAUUACAUACAACAUGAGAGACGAAGAACUAGGAGGUAUCGAACCAAAACGUCGCAUGCGCUACGAGAACCCUUGUGACGCGCGUUUGCUACGGGAAGCCUACGCGCGAACUACGCGCCGGCCGCACACUGAAACCUUUGCUGAGAAAGUGGACUCACAAUGCAGCGACGACGACACCGAGUCUCCUGCGAGCCGCGGCAUCCUGGAGUUCUCGGCGGACAAGGCGGGCCAGGACGUCACCCCCCUCAACUUCAACUUCAGCAAGCAGCGCUCCACCACGCUCAACUCCAUCACCGGCAUGCUAGCGCAACUUAAACGGAGCUUCCCAGACCUCUACCAUCAUAAAACACAUCAGCCACUGCACAACAAGUACUCCCAAUCCACGCCUCAAACGUAUAGAAGUCGUGCGGGGGUACGACGGCAGUCGUCUGUGGGCCCACUGAACGACACGUCGCCGCUGACGGGGUGCGCCACGGCGGGCGAGCCGGCCGUGAGCACGCCGGCGCACAGCGCCACGCUGCCCGUGUCCAGCCUCAGCACCAACCCCAGCUCGUACUACACCAACGCGUCGCCGUCGCCGCCCGCCGCGCCCGCGCACCAGCACGUGUCGUGCGACGACAUCCUGGCGCCCAGCGCGCCCGCCGCCGCGCGCACGCCGUCCUGCCGCUCCGCGCCGCACUCCGCCGUCAACCUGCACCAGCCCGCCUGCUCCGGCCGCCCAGCCGCGCUCGCUCUGUCUCACGACAAGGCACAAAAUGCUGCAACCGCACAGGAUACUAUGUCACCACAGUACCAAAACGUAGGAGCCGCUGCGACAGCAGCUUCGGUGGCGACCGUACUUACAAGACUGGAAGAGUUAAGUCGUCGUGUAGCCGUACUUGAGACCGGACUCACAGCAGACGUGCGUCGUAUCCUGCAGUUACUGCAGGCGCGUGAGGGCACGGCACACCACAAUGCGCAGCCAGCGCACACCCCGUCUACAGUGCUGCCCAAAGCCUCACUCUCGGUGCCUCAGACGAAUGAGUGGGAGUGGAACUGGAACGGAGAGCGGGAGCGCGAGCGCGGCGGGCGGUACGGACGCAGCGAGCGCGGCGACCGCACGCCGGGCGUGCAGCGCUCGGCGUCGGAGCCGCACGCGCCGCUGCCGCCGGCCCUGCCGCCGCCGCCGCACUCGCACUCGUUCUACAGGUAG